AUGAUUGGUAAAAUAUUUAAUCUUACUAAUAAUAAUGAGAAUAUAAAAAAAUGUAGUGAAAUUACAAGUAAUAUAAUUUCUAAUUUAGAAGUUAUAAAUAAUGUAUUUUAUAAAUAUAAAGAGAAUAUAAAAAACGUGGUUGGAAUAAAUGCUAUGAUUGAAAAUAUAAUUAAGGGUUUUAAGAAUAUAAAAGAAGAAAUCGAUAACUUAGGAACUAAUGAAGAUAAUUAA